AUGUUCCCGCUGUUCCCUUCCCACAGGGAGAGCCAGGUGGAGCUGCGGGAGCACAUCGACAGCCUGGCCACAGAGCUUUGCCGCAUCAACGAGGACCAGAAAGUGGCGCUGGACCUCGACCCCUACGUGAAGAAGCUGCUGAACGCCCGGCGCCGCGUGGUGCUGGUCAACAACAUCCUGCAGAACGCGCAGGAGCGGCUGCGGAGGCUGAACCACAGCGUGGCCAAGGAGACGGUGCGGAGGAGGGCGAUGCUGGAGGCCGGGGGCUACCAGGGCAAGUGAGCAGGAAUCCCUGCUGAUCCCAGCCCGGGAAUUCCCCCGUCACCUGCAGCCCAGGGAACCGGGACACUUGGAGCUGCGUUCCCAGGUCUGUGGGUGCUGGAAUAAAAGUGACCGAGAGUCCGUGA